CAACAAACAAGUUAAGUUACCUGACUGACUGACUCCAUGUGUACUAGGCAUCAGUGUUGGGAGUACCGCAUUACAAAAGUUAUAAGAGGAAAAUGCAGUCCAGCUUUAACAAAUUCCCAAGUGAUAAACAGAGGCGUCAGUCAUGGGCAAUAGCACUCAGGAGAGAGGGGUUUAAGCCAAAGGACUGCACCGUACUGUGCAGCUGUCAUUUUCGGCCUGAAGAUUUUGACAAGACUGGACAGACAGUCCAUUUACGGCAAGGAGCGAUCCCAUCCAUUUUCAAGUUUCCUGAUCAUCUUUCAAAGCAGCCUAGUUCAUCAGGGUUAAGUAGAACGUCAAACAAGGCAACUGAAGAAUCUCCACAGCCAUGGUCUAACAUGCCUGUCGUGGGAUUUGUAGGACAAGACCUCUUUCAUGAGUCAAUCUCUGAUCAUCAGUAUGCCCUUGAGCCAGUGAAAGCAAAAGAGAAGUUGGCCGUGUAUCAAGAGAACAUGGAGAAGUUAUGACGGGACUUGAGAAAUGUGAAGGACCGGGAAAGGAGACAAAAGAAGACAGUGAGCUCCUUGUUGGAGGAUUUAAAAAAA